AGUGCGCAGGGAGGCAGAGCCCGCACUCCAGCUUCGUGUUCAGUGAGGCACAGACGCCCUCCAGCUCCUCUCCUCUUUGCCUUUUUCUUUCGGAGGUUUUGUCGGUGACAACCAGAAGCAGCCAUGGACGCCAUCAAGAAGAAGAUGCAGAUGCUCAAGCUCGACAAGGAGAACGCCUUGGACAGAGCGGAGCAGGCCGAGUCGGACAAGAAAGCCGCCGAGGACAGAAGCAAGCAGUUAGAGGACGAUAUCAGAGAGUUGGAAAAGAAAUUGCGUGUGACUGAGGAUGAGAGAGAUAGAGUGUGUGAGGACUUCCAGACGGCUGAGGAGAAGCUGCUGACAGCCGACGAAGUCGCCACCAAGCUUGAGGACGAUUUGGUAGCUCUGCAGAAGAAGCUGAAGGGAACUGAGGAUGAGCUGGACAAGUACUCUGAGGCUCUUAAAGAUGCCCAGGAGAAGCUUGAGCUGGCUGAGAAGAAGGCCACUGAUGCUGAGGGAGAUGUGGCUUCCCUGAACAGACGUAUCCAGCUGGUUGAGGAGGAGUUGGAUCGUGCUCAGGAGCGUCUGGCCACAGCCCUGACCAAGCUGGAGGAGGCUGAGAAGGCUGCAGAUGAGAGCGAGAGAGGCAUGAAGGUCAUUGAGAACAGGGCCAUGAAGGACGAGGAGAAGAUGGAGCUGCAGGAGAUCCAGCUGAAGGAGGCCAAGCACAUCGCUGAGGAGGCCGACCGCAAAUAUGAGGAGGUGGCCCGUAAGCUGGUUAUCAUUGAGGGGGAUCUGGAGCGCACAGAGGAGCGUGCUGAGCUCUCAGAAGGCAAAUGCUCUGAGCUUGAGGAAGAGUUGAAAACUGUGACCAACAACCUGAAGUCACUGGAGGCCCAGGCUGAGAAGUACUCGCAGAAGGAGGACAAAUACGAGGAGGAGAUCAAGGUCCUGACCGACAAGCUGAAGGAGGCUGAGACUCGUGCUGAGUUCGCUGAGAGAUCAGUCGCCAAGCUUGAGAAGACCAUCGACGACCUGGAAGAUGAGUUGUAUUCUCAGAAACUGAAGUACAAGGCCAUCAGCGAGGAGCUGGACCACGCCCUCAACGACAUGACCUCCAUGUAAUUGUCGAUUUGCUUGCGUUGCCCCGCCCCUGCACCCCACCUCCCCCUGCUCUGUUUUCCUCUCCGUCCACAUCCGACUUGUGUGUCACCGCGGUCGCACUUGGAUGUCAAACAGGAAUGACUCCAAUAUUUUCUGGACUGUGUACUGGAAACCUCAGACGUGUGACUUAACUGUGUAACACGGGUUUGUUUGUAAAACUACACAAGGACUUUUGAAACGCAUGGAAAAUUGGUAUAAUGAUUACUUUUAAACAUGAAGUAAUCGCUAUAGCAAUGUGAGCGUUUGUUCCACUCACUCAAGAGUGAAGUUAAUACCGUCGAUGAUAUUAACAUUCAGAUUAACUUCCACCUACUAACACGGUCUACUUCUACCCAGAAGAAAGGCCCCGCGGUGUGUUCACAUGAGGUGUGUUCUGAUCAGGUUCAGCGUGCGCAGAAGCCUCCGCCAUCCUACUGAUGUUAGCGCAGGAACUCCACUGCAGCUUGUACCCUAUUGUCAUUAUUAUUUAUAUUUAAAUAAUAGAUUGAAUGUAUUAUUUUUUCCUCUUUUGUAGAGUGCUAUAUGUUAAAAUAUGAUAAGAGACGAACUUCACUGUUCAGUAUUUUAAUACACCUUUUAUCUAUUUAAUAUCUUGAAUAGAUAUGAGUUGACCGCUCCAUUGUAAUAGUGAUUUUAGUAUAUAUAUAUCAAUAUACACAAAGAAAUAUUCUGUACAUUCAGAAUGUUUUCUUACCUGUUUAUUCGUCAUGAUGGAAGCUGAGAAUUCCGGGGUUUAUGGACGCAUCACAUGCUGUUGCUGUAAGUUAGCAUUAGCUUAAAAGUUAUUAAAAACAAGGUCAUAUUUUGGUGGAAAUCGCUGAGGUUUAAAUAGUGGCGUCACUAUCAUGGCGGAGGUGAACGCGUGGUCCGAUUGAACUUGUGUAGCGACCGUCGCUCUAAAACCGUCCCGACUUAUUAUCGGCCCGUUUUUUUGUGGGAGAUUCUCUCAAUGCGUUUCCAUGCGUUGCAGCUGUGGAGUGGCAUCCUAACCUGCCGCGGCUCCCGACUCCCUCCUCACUGUCGCUCUUCUCUCCCACACAGAUAAAUUGUUUACACCUGAUCAAAGACGCGUCCCGUGGGCUGAGUCUGCUCUCUGCAGCCUUCUCUCCACUUUCCUUUCCCCUCUCCCUCACGUUUCAUCCUCACGUCUGAACUUCCCAUCUCUUGUACAGAAUCCUAGAGUCUUUCUGCAUUGUGUAAAAAGCAAAAUAAACCUCCUUCCUUCUACGUGAGCUGCAUCUCUUUACUCUCCUCUUCUUCUUUCCAUCUCUGUGCAGUUAUGAUUCAUGUUUUCUGCGCCUGGUUUCACGUGUCCACCCUGCCUUUUUGUUGUUGUUGUUGUUGCUUUGACUGCUGUGUGACCUUCAGGGAGCCCCACGCUGAGAGAUUUAGGAGCUGGAUGUAGAUGUAAAAGAUAGUUGGUGGUGGUCAAGUAGAGGAGGAGUGAGGUACGGAGCAUCAUGUGAGCAAAUAUUGGAAGGAAAACGGCUGAAAAAGAUUGUCUGACCCACAGUAUGGGCUGUGUUUGAGUUACUGUCCUGAACCUCAAUAAAUCUAAAGUCACACGUCCUGAGUUGUUUAUUAAAGUUUGGUCGUAGCACAAAAAUGAAUAUAUAGGUAUUAAAGCAGAGCAGUUUAGGCCUUGAAAUAUAAUUUUUCUGUUAUUAUCCUUACAGUCUUUGGUCUCUCCAACAUGAAUUGACAGUGUUCCACUGUUAUGUUGCCUUUUUCUCGGAUUCUAUUGUAGUUUUAAAUUUGACUGUAGUUUAUUUUGGCUCAUGUAAACUUCCCCUUUGUGGGAAGAAUAAAGACAGUCUAAAUUACCCCAGAAAUGCAAAAUUUGUUGAUUCAAAUUUUGGGGUACACUGCUGUCUGAUGAGGCCCUAAGAAUUCACAUGUUCUGGUUUUUAAUAAUGUAUAUUUUUACACGAAUAGCAAUAUCAUAAUUGUAGCAAUUUGUACAGUUCAGUUUUUCCUCCAUAUAUUAUAAACGUUAAUACAACAACAAUACAAAUAGGAAUUAAACUGUUAGAGACUCUUUAAAUCUCAGUUAAGACAACAUUUAAAAAUAAAAUAAUAAAUUAAUUACAUAAACACUCAAUUUAUUCAUCUUCGUUAAAGGAAAUACAUUAUGUUCUAUCUAUUGGGAUAAAAAAUAUUUCAAUAAUUUCAUUUAUUUUGUCUUUUUUUGGUAAUUAUUGGUCAUAUAUAUGUGAUAAUUAAAAGUAAAUAUUCAUGCACAAACAGUAUUUUUGUAGCUAGAAGCAGUAUACCAUUUUAUUGUCUUCUCAAUCUGAUUUAUUUUAGUUUUUGUCAUUAUUUUCAUGCUUUACCUUAUUUUCUUCAUCAUGUUUUAGUUCUUCUGAAUUAUAUAUAUAUCAACUUUUUGACAUCAUACACAUAUCACAUGUCAUACAUCAGGAGCUGGAUGUCACAUGAUUUGCUCAGUGCUCUAUAACUGGAAUUUGGAAGUUUAAAAUGAGCGAAAUACUUUAUAUAACCUUGAAAAAUGAUAUUUGAUUUUUGUUCAAGUCUGUCUGAGAUUGGCUGUAGGCAAAUGUGUUGGUUGUUCUUUUAACUGUGUGAGUGGUGUGUACACUGAGACAGUGGAGCUUCCUGAGGUAGGUGUCAACCGCCUGUGCACUUGCUCUCACUGCCGAUCUUUCCUCACUUCCUGUCUCUUCUCUCUCCUUCACUUGCUUUCCGACUGCAAAGAUCGACGCUUCCAGCAACUUGAGAAACACCGCCACCUCAAUAAUGAGCUACGUUUGAUGUUGAAUGACAACUGAAGUGUUGGAGUGGCACCUCGCGUGUGUUAGCGACAAUCUGCUCAGAAGCACUAAGUCGAUACAUGUUAUAGGCCUGCGGUAGAUCAGGGAUCACAGCAUCUACGUCACCAUAAAUAUAGACUUAGCAACAAGCUAGAUGUUUUUAGUUCCACUGUUGUUGUUUGUUUCAUCUGAAAGUAUCCUCACACAUCAUGUCCCAACACUUGGUUUCACUUCCUUAGCUCAGGAAAUCCACACCACAAUAAGACACAUUAGUGUUUCAGCCGCCUCCCAGUCGUGGAUCCAGCAGCUCGGCACAUGACCUUUUGCUCACAUGACCUGGUUUGAGAAAACAUUAAUGAAAGGUUCAGUGUGGAAUGCAACCAUGUGUCUGUGCUGUGACCCACCCAAGUCUACGUUCCAGGUGGCUCUCUCAUCCUUCAGCUCGAGAAUCUGAAUCAGAAAGACUUUAUUAAUCCCAAGGGAAAUAGUUUGUAACUUGCUCUGUACACAACAUAUCACAAUAAAUUAAAAAGAAAUAAUAUUAUAAAGUGCAAAAAAAUAAAAGUGAUACAAACGAUCUUAGAAAAUAUAAAAUACAUGCUUCAAUAUUGCUCCAAGUGAAGCCUCAAAACAAAUAAAUAAUUCAACUGUUUGUUCAGUUACAGUUAAAGGACAAGAAAGAAAGUGAAUGAAAUAUCAGUUUUUGAAAUUUUAAUGCAAUGGGACAACUGAAUUUAUCAUUAAUAUGCAAUAAUAUACUCGACUGUAACUUCAUAAAUGAAGUGUCUGGGGUGUUAAAUUCCACAUUUGGGUGGGUCAUAAGCAAACGCUAAUAAUGUACAUCAAACAACCAGUUAGCUUCAACAAAAAAAUCAGAUGUGUACUUUUUUAUAUGGAGGUAUAUGAAGUUUAAACUGUACAAUCCAACAACCUUUACUGUAUUUGAAGUGACAAAAUAUAUUAAGAUAAAGCAAACCUUUUGCAAUGUGACAAGAAUUUAAAAAAGUUUUGUACUUUUUUUUACCACAUUUAUUUAUUCAUAAAGCACUUGGAAAAAAUAUUUAUAAAGCACUUAAAAACAGCACAAUACCAUCACUAUUUUCUGUACAAACUGAAAUAUUUUUAAAAAGUUAAUCAAAUCAAAUAAUAAGGUGGAUUUUUGAAAGUCAUAUUUGUGUGAACGUGUGAAACAAAAAGUCAUGUCGUCUGCCUGUGAAGGACAGAAUGUUGUGGUGGAAGCUGGGCUUUAAACUGAAUAUCUAAUCUCAUGUUAACGAUUGACGGAGGUGACAGUGACUCUGGCGUGAACUUAAACCUCGCCCUCUGCUGUUCUGACAGAGAAACUGUCUCAGGCUAAAGAAGAGAACCUGGACAUGCACCAGAGGAUGGACCAGACUCUCAUGGAACUGAACAACAUGUGAACGCACAAUCUGAGCCCCCACGCACCCUCACACUCACACUGUGGUAUUGGCUUUUGUUUGCACCUUGCUUCCCAAAAACGUCUGCUCUCACAUUCCUGGUCCGGUGGAGGAGCAAACCCCCGGAGGUCCUGCCUCCUCACAUGGAGCUCAGCCAAGGAGAGGAAGGAGCUGGAUACUGCCCUCUGUUGAGAGAAACACCGCCGACUUUUUUAAACUCCGCUAUGCAAGCCAAGCUACUCCGGACUGGUCUUCUAUUGCGACCGCGUCUCCUCGGUUACAAAGAUCGCUGCAAGCGUCUGCAUUGAAAGUGAUGGGGUCGGGAUGAAGUGAGUGGAUUUUGCACUUGAGAACUCAGAUUCAAACUUUCAAAGUCACAUUCCUCUGAAUUGCUCGGGCAGUUUGUCGCACGCGUUGGUUAAAUCUGUUAUUACUCUGGUGCUACUGUGUUUAUCUGAGUUUCAUAGUGCAAAAUCUCUUUAUUUUGUCUGCCAAAUUGUUUUUUUUCUUUCCUUUGGAUUGUUGAACAGUGUUUAAAAAAGAUGUUUUAGGUUCCUAUUAUAUAUAAAAUGUUUGAAAAAAAAAGAGUAAAUAAAAGCAUGUGGGAAACUUUUUAAAUAUGGUUGGUGUUUGCUAAUCUCUACCAUUCAAUUUGCCGCAAUAAUUCCAAAGGAUAACAUAAUAAACGAUUUCUUUUGCCCACCUGAAAUUCAAGUUAAACUUGGCAACAAGCCUUAUAUGAAACUCUUUUUCCUUCCUUAUUGUAGGCAUCAUACAUUUAAUAACACACACAUAAAUAAAUAUAUCAUAUGCACAUCAUUAUUGUAGGCAUCAUACAUUUAAUAACACAUACACAAAUAAAUAUAUCAUACGCACAUCAUAUACAAAAUAAAUCGAACGAAUCAGAAUAAAAAUGAAAAAAGAAUUAUGGGU